AUGUCGUCGGUCAAGCCGCAAACCACUCCGCCCGCCACGUCGCACGUUGUCCUGUCGUACCCGGCCGACCAUGUCCUCCUUGUCACCAUCAACCGCGAGAGGCAGAUGAACAGCAUCCCUUAUGAAGGGCAUCACGAGAUGGGCUCCGUGUUCGAGUGGUUCGACGCCGAGCCCAAUCUGCGUGUUGCCAUUGUGACGGGCGCGGGCACAAAGAGCUUCUGUGCUGGCCAGGACCUGUUGCAGCUGGAGAAGAUCCAGAGCGGAAGGCUCCAGGCGACGCCGGGGCUUCUGCGCCACCCGACGAGCGGCUUUGGCGGAUUGAGCAGGCGAAUGGGCAAGAAGCCCGUCAUUGCCGCCGUCAAUGGAGUUGCGCUCGGGGGCGGCUUUGAGAUUGUUUUGGGCUGUGACAUGGUCGUGGCCGCGCCGCACGCCAAGUUUGGCCUUCCAGAGGCUCUCCGGGGCAUCUUUGCCAGCGCCGGGGGCCCGCCACGCCUGGUGCGCAAUGUCGGGCUGCCUGUGGCGUCUGAAAUGGCGCUGACGGGCAGGCCCAUCACGGCACAGAGGGCCAAGGAACUCAACCUCGUCAACCGCAUCUCGGCGGCGGGCGAGACGGUCGUCGACUCGGCGCUCAAGCUGGCCAUGGAGAUUGCGGCCAUCUCGCCCGACUCGGCCAUUGUCACGCGGGCGGCGUUGCGCGAGGCGUGGGAGACGGCCAGCGUGGAGCGGGCGACGCAGGUGACGGUUGAGCAGUACAGCCACGCCCUCUACUCGGGCGAGAACACGCUCGAGGGCCUGCGGGCGUUUGCCGAGAAGCGCGCGCCCCAGUGGCGGCCGUCCAAGUUGUGA